AUGGCUGAAUUAGAAGGUACUUGGACUUCUAAAUCAAAUACAGUAUUCACAGGACCAGGAUUUUAUGAUCCUGUUGAUGAAUUAUUGAUUGAACCUGAUUUACCUGGUAUAUCAUAUUCAUUUACUUCUGAUGGUCAUUAUGAAGAAGCUUUAUAUAGAGUGGUUCCAAAUGCCCAAAAUCAUAGUUGUCCAGUAGCAUCUGUCACUUAUCAACAUGGUACUUAUGAAAUCUUAAGUAAUGGAUCUGUGGUCUUAACUCCAAUUGCAGUUGAUGGUAGACAAUUAUUAAGUGAUCCAUGUAAUGGACCAGCCGAUGAAUCAACUUAUACAAGAUAUGUUCAACCAACUUGGUUUAGAGAUUAUCAAGUCUAUGUUGAUUCUUAUAAUGGUAGAUAUGCCUUACAAAUCUAUCAAUUCGAUGGAUCUAUGAUGCAACCAUUAUAUUUGGCUUAUAAACCACCUUUAAUGUUACCAACUUAUGCAUUAAAUCCAACUGAUAAAGCAUCUGAAACUUCUUCAUCAUUAACCAGAAGAGUCAAGAGAUCACUUGAAAAUCAAUAUAGAACUAAUGCUAUUAGAGAAUUGUCUAUUGAUAAUUAUGAUGUUUUCUGGUGGGUUUCAGUAGGUUGUUUGGCUUCAGCUUCUGCUUAUAUGUUUUUAAAGUAA